UCUGCAUAUGAGAAUGGAGGAUCCUUCGUAAUCAGGGGCUAUGAGGAUGGCAUUUAUAUUCGUAUCCGGCUGAGAAUUCCCGAGCGUCGGUUGGAAGCUACAUUCCACUUAUAUACCGACUCACCCUUUCGUUACCCUUCCCAGUAUUGUCCUGCUAUCUAGAUACCUCACUAUGACCGAGUUAGCUGCGAUACAGAGCAAAAACGGUCAUGCUAAUGGCUAUGCCAGCGGACAUUCCAACGGCACAGCAAAUAGCCACAGUAAAGAAGCAUCACCUCUCACGAACGACCAAAUCCCUAUCUCUCCAAGCGCUCCUCAAGAUGUUCCUGGAUUACUCAGUCAAAUAGCUUCGCAUGGAGAUGCCUUUCUUGGCAUUGACCCUGAUGCGCGGUUGAAAUUGCUGGAGGACGCUCGGGCGUUGGUCAACGCUCUUGAGACUCCUCGUGAGUCAAUGAUCAGAUAUUGCUGGGCGCAGUCAACAAUCUACGCAGCCAUCGAGACCGGCGUAGAUAUUGAGCUCUUCCACAAGUUGUCGCUCAGUGACAAACCUAAAUCUGCUGCGGAGUUAGCAGAGGACACAGGGUGUGAUCCAUUUAUGUUGUCCCGACUCCUGAAACACCUUGCCGCAAUGGAUGUGAUUGGAGAGGCUGGUCCGGAUCUGUACCGUCGUACGGGCUUUACGAUAGCCCUAUGUUCGGAGAAGUACAGUGACGGUUUCCCUCUUAUGACACGUCGAUUCACAGCUGGCAUCCACGCUCUCCCCGCCUACCUAAAGAAGAACGGCUACCGCAAUCCCACCAAUCCUACAGACACUGCACUCCAGCUCGGAUUCAACACAGACCUUCACUUCUUCGAGACCGUAAAGCAGGAUCCGGUCACAGCCAAGCAAUUCAACAACCACAUGUCCAUAUACAGUCUUGGACGACCAAGCUGGAUGGAUGUUGGCUUUUUCCCGGUGCAGGAGCGACUUAUCGAAGGCAGUAAUACAACCAAUGACAAUGUCCUACUUAUCGACAUGGGCGGGAGUAUCGGUCACGAUCUUUCUGAAUUCAAGCGGAAGUGGCCUGAUGCCCCGGGACGCUUGAUUCUGCAGGAUCUCCCGACAGUAGCCUGCCAUGCACAAGGUCUGGAUCCCACAAUCGAAGUAAUGCCCCAUGACUUCUUCACACCCCAGCCAGUCAAAGGCGCACGAGCAUACUACAUGCACUCUGUCCUUCACGACUGGCCCGACGACAUGUGCCGCAAAAUCCUAGCCAAUUUAAUUCCAGCCCUACGCCCCGGAUACAGCAAGGUUUUGAUCAACGAGAAUGUGAUCCCAGAUAAGGGCGCCUACUGGGAAACGACCAGCCUGGACCUGAUAAUGAUGACGAUUGGAUCGGGAGAGCGGACGGAACGACACUGGUACACGUUGUUGGAAUCGGCGAGAUUGAAGAUCAUAAAGGUCUGGACGGCGCCUGCGCAGAAAGGAGAGGAGAGUUUGAUCGAGUGUGAGUUGGCGUAGUCUGCUGUCUUGCAGGUUCAAAUAGCAUGUAUUAGUAUAAUAAUUGUUCUUCUGCUUCUCGAGACGCACUAUACAUGAAUAGAG